UAAAUUUAAAAUAUAUUUUGGUAUUUCCCUUUACGUUCCAACCAUAGACAUUUACGGUUCAACCAGCAUGUCGAUGACAUCUUGGUGUGAUUACUUCGUCCUCGAACCAGGCGAACUAAUCGAGCACCGACAUCCUACCUUCCUAUGUUGACGUGGUAACGGUGCGCUCUGCACUCUGUAUUGUUUGAAAUCCUCUCAUGUAAAUGACCAAGAGUGAGUGCCGUUGGCUAAAGUAAGACAGUCGUUAUGCUUGACUUUGCCAUUUUUGCCGUAACGUUUGUGAUCAUUUUGGUCGGCGCUGUUCUUUAUCUGUACCCGUCGUCGAGAAGAGCGUCUGGCAUCCCAGGUCCAAACCCCACGGAUGACAAGGAUGGAAACCUCCAGGACAUUGUCAACAAAGGAAGUCUGCAUGAAUUCCUGGUUGACUUGCAUCAAGAAUUUGGCUCUGUGGCCUCCUUCUGGUUUGGUGGUCGUCCUGUUGUCAGUCUGGGCUCAUUGAAGCAGCUGCAGCAACACAUCAACCCAAACCACACGACUGACUCCUUUGAAACGAUGCUGAAGUCGUUGCUAGGUUACCAGUCUGGGCUUGGAGGCGGUUCAAGUGAGGCGAUCAUGAGGAAAAAGGUCUACGAUAGUGGCAUCAACAAUACGCUGAACAACAACUUCCCUCUGGUGCUCAAGAUUGUGGACGAGCUGGUUGGAAAAUGGAAAUCUUACCCUGAAGGCCAGCACAUCCCCCUGUGUGCCCACCUCAUCGGUUUGUCGAUGAAGACAGUUACCCAGCUUGCUCUGGGUGAGCUCUUCACGGACAACAGCCGGAUCAUUGCCUUCCGAAAGAACCAUGAUGCAAUCUGGUCUGAAAUUGGUAAAGGCUACCUGGAUGGCUCCCUGGAGAAGAGCGCGACCAGAAAAGGACACUACGAGAAAGCUCUGACAGAGAUGGAGUCUGUGCUUCUGUCUCUGGCGAAGGAGAGAAAGUCUCAGAGGAAGCGUUCGGUGUUUGUGGACACGCUGCUUCAGUCAAGUCUCACAGAGCGCCAGACGAUGGAGGAUUGCAUGGUCUUCACUUUGGCUGGAUGUGUCAUCACUGCCAACUUGUGCAUCUGGGCCCUUCAUUUCCUGUCCACCUCUGAAGAAGUCCAGGACAAGCUGUGCCAGGAAAUAGAGCAGGUUUUGGGCUCUGGUCAGAUUUCUUUGGAGCAGAUCCCUAAGCUCAGAUACUGCCAGCAGAUCCUAAAUGAGACUGUUCGGACCGCAAAGCUGACCCCGGUUGCAGCUCGGCUUCAGCAAGUGGAGGGAAAAGUCGAUCAACAUGUCAUCCCUAAAGAGACGUUGGUGAUCUAUGCUCUGGGAGUGGUGCUGCAGGAUUCCGACACAUGGAGCGGUCCGAGCAGGUUUGACCCGGCUCGGUUUGAGGAAGAGUCUACCAGGCGGAAUUUUUGUCUGCUGGGCUUCUCUGGGAACCAAACUUGCCCAGAGCUCAGGUUUGCCUACACAGUAGCCACCGUCCUUCUGAGCACGCUAGCCAGACAACUGAAGGUCCAUCGGCUCAAGGGGCAGGUUCUGGAGGUCAAAUCAGAGCUUGUGUCAACGCCUAAAGAUGAAACCUGGAUCACUGUCAGCAGCAGGAAAUGAAGCCUGUUCGGAAACAUGUUUGUACCCUCUUUUUAUAAACAAACAACUCUCCAGCCAGCAAUAAGAAAAUCAGGCAUCAAUAUCUGACAAUGUAUUGAGUUGUUUGCGGCCUUUGUGGCACAAUAUAUGUAAGUCUUCAACACAAUUUCUGCAAAAAUGGA